AUGGAUUACCAUAUCAUUAAAGAUGAAAAGGGUGUCUCCCUUCCAACGACAUCAUCACCACAACAAUCACAACCAGAAGCAUCACAACGCCGAUCUACAUCCUCCAAACGAUUCCGCAUCUCCAUCUUCACACUCCUCUUCCUCACAGCCCUCCUCAUCUUCAAAAACGCCCACAACACCCCCUUCUCCAUCUGCACCUCCCACCACCACCCAAACGUCGCCCAAGUCCAGCAAUGCUCCAUCAACAACUUCAAAUCAGACCUCUCAUUCCUUGAUCCCGCAGAGCCCAUCCAGCCCGAAGAGUUCCUCCUCCGCAGGGACCGUCUAGCGCAGGCCCUCGCCGCCAACAAUGUCGACGCCUUCGUUCUUGAGCCGGGCUACACGUUCCAGUACUAUGGCAACAUCUCGCAGCAGGAUUGGGAACCAUGGGAGCCUGAAGAGCGGCCGUUCCUCAUGCUCAUCAUGCCGCAGACUUCCUCCGACGGCAGCGUUUCCGCAAAGACGGCGUUUUUGUCACCGCAUUUCGAAGAGGGCCGCGUUCGCAUGCUGGGCAUCCCGUCUCGCGAGGAAGAGUUGGACAUUGUCAUCUGGGAAGAACAUUGGAACCCGUACACAACACUCCUGGAAUCGAGACUCUUCAGCGGCAAACAGUCCCCGACGCUCAUGGCCGACGAGGAAAUCCGCGACUACAUCGUCCGCGGCCUCGACGGCGCAGGCUUCCGCACCGUCGGCCUCAGCCCCGAAGCAGAGCUCGUCAGACAACUCAAGACGCCCGCCGAGGUCGAGCUCCUCCGGGCCGUAAACACCGGCACCGUGGCCGCCGUGCGGGCCAUGCGGCCGUGUCUCGUCCCCGGCCUGACGGAGAACGAGGUCACCUCCAUCCUGGACCAGACCAUGCUCUCCAUCGGCUUCGGCCUCUUCUUCAACAUCGUCCUCUUCGAGGAGCACGGCGCCCUCCCGCACGGCGGCUUCGUCACCGGCGACAAGAAGCUGACGUACGACACCAUGGUCGUCAUCGACGUCGGCGCGCACUACCUCGGCUACUCGUCCGACAUUUGCCGCAGCUUCAUGAUUGACGUGCCGCCAGGUAUGACGGCGUCGACGACGCACUCCGACCCCUUGCGCGUCGAAAAGGAGAAUGUCUGGCGCAUCGUCCUGGAGGCGCAGACGGCCGCUGCCAAGGCCAUGAAGCCCAACAACACCGCCGCCAGCGUCGACAUUGCGGCUCGUACUGUCAUUGAAGAUGCCGGGUAUGGAUACGGAUUUACGCACCGCCUGGGUCACGGCAUUGGUAUCAAGGCACAUGAGUCUCCGUAUCUGAACAAGUGGAACACUGGCUCGCUACUCCGGCCGGGAAUGACAUUCACGAAUGAGCCGGGUAUCUAUCUAGAGAACAAGUUCGGUGUCAGGCACGAGGAUAUUUACCUGGUCAAAGAGGAUGGCGAGGCAGAGCUCCUCACGGGUCAGCGGGCACGAGGAAUGUAUGAACCUUGA